UACCAAAAUCUUAAUGUCGACACGUGUGCUUUUCCACGCACAAGAGGAUAUGAUGGCCAAUAAAAAAGGAAAAUGAUAGCGAACUAAUUAAGGAGACCCUUUUACGACACUCCACUGUGUAGCGCUACAAAACUUGUAUGUCCCAUUGUCUGCACACGGUUUCACCUUCUUUUUUAUUUUUUAUCAACGUCAAGUGUUCGUUAUUGGCUGUCGGGCCGCGACUACGCACAAUCGAGUCCAAUUUUGCAAUCAAAUUGUAAAAUAGAGAUAGACGUAGAAGUAAAAAGGAAGAGACGAGUUGUAAAUUCAUCGCGAGUUGUUAAAAUGUGCGUGAUUUUGGUAUAAAAAGCGAGCGGCCACGGCAGAUAACGCAGUAUUUCGAGUUGGAAAACGGAAAAAUGGUGGUUGCUUGCAUCGCCAUUGUCCUCACCUUUGGUUGCUUUGCCGCCGCCAACGAAAUUCCAAUCUACACUGCGUCCUUCUCCACUUUCGAUUUGUUGGCACCGCGGAUCGACUCUCCGCAAACACAACAGGGCUUGCUGCCUUUGCCCGGCAAGUGCGAGUGCGUGAAAAAUGCGUGCGGAUGCUGCGCGCUCUACGAUAUCAGUCCACUCAACUUCAACCACACAGGUUGCCUGAACUUCACCUACUUCCCUAGUGACUUCGCCAUCCAGCUUAAUUUGCUGCUCUCAAACGUGUCAAUUUUCAACGCCAGAGUUUCAGGCAAGAACCCGCCGGCACUGUGCAUCCCUCUGCCACAGCUGCCGAUCCUCUCGCUGUGCAUCAAGCUGUAUGAUAUCCACACUGACGAGCAGAAUUUGCACUCGUGCCUGAACAUGGAGCUGCGUUUCAACGACUGGCCGUUGGUUGUGAUCUCGUUUGACUGCGCCCAACUUGGCCCGGCAGGUGUCAUUUUCUACAAGCCGACCCCGCCAACCCCGUCCGACAACGGGCAGUGGGACCUCAACUUUUCGCUUUCCGGACUGGCCAACUCAACGCAAUCCUAG